UCCUUUGACAAUUUUAAGUGUAGUGACGGACAUGUAAAUACAAACACGUGUUUUGUAAAAAAAGGUUAACGUUAUCGUAAUUCAGUAUUGUACUUUUAAUUAUAUUAUAAUGGGGAGAAAAAGAGACCUAACAGAACAAAAGCAAAAGUCUAAAGGAAAGAAAAAGCAGAAAUACAGCGUGCCAACUCUUCAUAAGGAUGUUGCAGAAGAAAAAGAUGCAGAGAAGAAGCUUAGUAGCAGACAGAAGAAAAGGUUGAAGAAGAGGUUAGAGAGGGAAGAAGUGAAGAAAAUUGAGAAGAUUGUGCAAAAACCUGAGAAGAUCAAGAAAAACUCAGCAGUACUGGUAAAAGAAAAUACUCCUGGCAACAAGAAAAGAAAGCUUGAAGAUUCUGAUGAAGAUGAUGAGCAAGAGUCUGAACGGGUUAUGAUGGAUUCAAUCAUCAAGCAAGUCAAUCAGAAGAAGAAGGGGAAACAAAAGCUACAGAAGGUUCAACCUGAGCCUGAGGAAUCAGAAGAUGAAGAUGAUGAUUUACAAGACGAUUUUGAUAAUGAUGAUGAUGACGAUGAAGAUGACGAUGAUGAUGAUGAUGAUGAUGAAGAAGGAAGUAUGGAUGAGGACAGUGAUGAAGAGGAGGAGGAUGUGAAAGGAUUCACUGAUGACAAUCAAGCCUGGUUGAAGCCCAAAACUAAGAAAUCUCAGCUACCAAUGGAGGAAGAGAGUGGCAGUGAAGACGAAGAACUUGAAGAUGACUUUGAUGAUGAUGAUGAUUCAGAUGAAGAUGUUGAAGAUGAUGAUGAAGACGAUGAGAUGCUGCCAGUUGAAAAAGCAUCCAAAAAGCUGAAGAAGAAAGAAAAGAGAGACACGCAGCUGGCAGAGGCGGAGUUACAGACCAACAUCGCUCAGACUGAGACCUAUGUCCUGCCCAGUGGACAGGAAAUAGAGAAGGAAGCUGCGACCUCUCCUGACCUGGCCAUGGUACAGCAGCGUAUCAAGGAUGUGAUGCAUGUGCUGGGGGACUUCACAGCACGCAGGGAACCGGGAAGGAGCCGCUCUGAGUACAUGAGCACUCUCCUGAAGGACCUGUGUCUCUACUACAGCUACAAUGAGUACCUCAUGGAGAAACUCAUCAGCUUGUUCCCCUCAGAGAUCAUUGAUUUUCUGGAGUCCAACGAGGUGCCGCGCCCAGUCACGAUACGCACAAACACACUGAAGACACGGCGUAGGGACCUUGCACAGGCGUUGAUCAACCGAGGCGUGAAUCUGGACCCGAUAGGGAAGUGGUCAAAGGUUGGACUGGUUGUGUAUGACUCACAGGUGCCCAUAGGUGCCACCCCAGAGUACCUAGCUGGUCACUACAUGCUACAGGGAGGUUCCAGCUUCCUGCCUGUGAUGGCCCUAGCCCCACAGGAGAGUGAGAGAGUCCUCGACAUGUGCUCAGCCCCCGGGGGCAAGACCACGUAUAUAGCUGCUCUGAUGCGUAACACGGGCAUGCUGUUUGCUAACGACGCCAACAAGGAACGUGUACAGGCGGUGGUAGGAAAUGUGCAUCGUAUGGGGAUCACCAACACAGUCAUCUCUGACGUGGACGGCAGGAGGCUGCCUGAGAUCAUGAAGGGGUUUGACCGUGUGUUGCUGGACGCUCCCUGCAGUGGGUCAGGGGUCAUCUCCAAGGACCCAGAGGUCAAGGUCACCAAGGACGAGGCGGAUAUCUUGCGAUGUUCCCAACUGCAGAAGGAACUUCUAAUAGCAGCGAUAGACUGCUGCAAUGCAAAGUCAAAGACUGGGGGCUAUGUUGUGUACUCAACCUGUUCUGUGUUGGUGGAGGAGAAUGAAUGGGUGGUAGACUACGCAUUGAAGAAACGCAAUGUGAAACUCGUACCAACCGGUCUUGACUUCGGAAAGGACGGAUUCACCAAUUUUGAGAAGCACCGGUUCCAUCCGAGUCUGAAGCUGACAAAACGUUUCUACCCACACACACAUAACUUGGAUGGGUUCUUUGUGGCAAAAUUGAAGAAGUUCUCCAACAACAUUCCAGGAAUGGAGGAAAAGAAGGAAGAUAAGCUGGGAGAACUUGGAGGCUUUUUUGAGGCCGAGAACUCCACAGUUAAAGCUGAAGCAGACAGCACUGAGGCAGAUGUUAAUGAAAGUGAAAAUAAACAGACAGUCAUUAAGGACAAGAACACAUCUUUAAAGAAGGGACAGUCACCUAGCAACAAAGGACCGUCUCCUAGCAACAAAGGACCAUCUCCUAAGAAACCUAUUAAUAAAAGCAGUGCAAAAGGGGAAAGUUCUUCAGGUAAUCCCGAGGGAGACGGCAGUGAAGGCAAGCAGAAUAAGGGGCCGAAAUGGAAGAAGUUUGGGCAGAAGAAGAAGUGGAACAACAACAAGAAUGGCGGAGGGGGCGCAGGGGUUGCUAAGUUCAAGCCAGGAAAGUUUAAGCGGUUUAAGUCUGGAGGCAAAAAUAAAGGAAAGGGGGGAAUGCGUGAUUGAUGUAGGGCACAGGAUUAGGAUGUUUAUGGUAAUGUUUCCUUGCAAUGACGUGUGUGAUAUUGGUGAAUGUAAACUUACAAAUACUGUUUUGUCAAGUUCAAAAGAAUGACAGAAUGAUGUCAGUCUAUCCAAUACAAAGUACUGGUGUACUUAUUUUCACUGUUGGUAUCUACAUAGAUUCUCCUGGUACAUUAAAAAGUAGUUUGUAUAAGUCA